AUGAACUCAUGUCUUCUGUUCUCUCCUCAGAACCCUCCCCAGAGACUGGGAGGGGAGGGUGGGAACUCUCCCCAGAGACUGGGAGGGGAGGGUGGGAACCCUCCCCAGAGACUGGGAGGGGAGGAACUCUCCCUGGGGACUGGGACGGGAGGAACCCUCCCCGGAGACUGGGAGGGGAGGGUGGGAACCCUCCCCGGAGACUGGGAGGGGAGGGUGGGGUUAGAGAUCCAUGCUCAGUGUAAACAUGAACUCAUGUCUUCUGUUCUCUACUCAGAACCUCCCCGGAGACUGGGAGGGGAGGACCCCUCCCCGGAGACUGGGAGGGGAGGACCCCUCCCUGGAGACUGGGAGGGGAGGGUGGGGUUAGAGAUCCAUGCUCAGAUCUCCUCCAACUCCAAACUGUUCUCCGGAUCGCAGGUCCAGUUCUCGGCACCACCAAACUCUCUCGUCUCACCGCUGGACGCAUCACUGCCUGGCACGCUACCAGCAGGGUAUCAGAUUACCCAGCAGAGGCUGCCAUUAGCCGUGAACGGUCACCUGACCUUUGACGUGUAUGAUGAGAGCAGGAGCCAGCGGCAGGUGCUGAAGUCUUGCCAGGUGCGCAUCAAGCAGCUGCAGCUGGAACAGGACAGUGGGAAGAGUCUACAUGACCAGGAAAACGGGGAGGUUCUGGUGGACCUGAACAGGGCUGGUGUGGCUCUGAUGGAGAUAGUGACAGAACCAGACAUGGUGGAUGGUGCAGAGGCUGCAGCCAUGGUGAAAGAACUACAGCUCAUCCUACAAUCCCUCCGUACUUGUGAUGGAAACAUGUCAGAGGGUUCCAUGAGAGUGGAUGCUAACAUCUCUGUCAGCAGGAGUGGGGAGGAACUAGGCACCAGGGCGGAGGUCAAGAACAUCAACAGUGCCAAGUUUGUACAGAAGGCCAUAGAGUAUGAGAUGCAGAGACAGAUCCAGGUGCUAGAGGGCGCCGGUGAGGUGGAGGAGGAGACCAGGUACUUUGACUGGAAGGCAGGGAAGACAAUAUCUCUAAGGGACAAGGAACAAAGGCACGACUACAGAUAUAUGCCUGAACCCAACCUCCCCCCUCUGAUCUUAUAUACGGACGCCACGUCACCACGUGGCAUGGAAGACGCUGUUGUCAACAUCGACAGAAUACGUGAACAGAUGCGAGAGCUUCCAGACGCCACCAGACGCAGACUUGUGGAGGAAUACGGCAUCCAGUUUCAGCACAGUGUGGCACUAGUGGGUGAGGGGCUGGUGGAAUACUUUGAGUCUUUAGUAGAUGUAAAGGGCAAAGGUCGUGACCCCAGGUCAGCAACAUCCUGGGUACUGACUGACCUUCUGGAGGAGCUGCACAAGAGGAGUUUGACCUUCCAGGAAUGUCCCGUCACAGCAAGUAAGUUGGGAGAGAUAAUGGACAUUGUUGCAGUGGGAACAAUUUCCAAGUCAACUGGCAAGAAGAUCCUUGGUCUUCAGUUUGAUGGAGAUAACAGAAGUCUAUCACAGGUAAUAGAUGAGCAUCAGUGGGCUCAGAUCAGGGAUGAGGAGACACUGGGCAGGAUAUGUGAGGACAUUUUGGAGAAACAUCCCGAGCUGGUGGAUGCAUACAGAAAGGGGAACAAGAAGGUUGUGAACAGGCUGAUGGGCGAAGUGCAGAAAGCGACAAACAAAUGUGCAGAUCCCACUGUUACAAGUAGACUCCUUAAAAAGAAGUUAGAGGGACAUUGAGAAAAAUACAAAGUGUAGUUCUUACAAAAUGUAGUUCCUUUAUGGUUUUUCUAAUUUGAAGCAUAAGUAUACGAACUGAAUUCAAAAGCAUCUCUUCCCAUCUUACCUUAGAGUUUUAUCAGAAAAUACUGAACAUCCAAGACAAAUGUACAAUAUGCUCCAGGAAAAUUUUCCUACUCAUUUUUGGUAUUAGUACAUGUACUAAAGAGGAUCAAGGCUUUUUAAGGCAAUGGAUUACUUACGGCCUAGGAUCUGCAACAAGAGACCAGUAUUUGAAAUCUGAACCUUCUGGUUCAAAAGUAGGACACUAGCUUCAGCACCAUGUAGGCUACAGAAUCAAGCGAAAGGAAUUACUGUGAUAUUAGUUUGAUGAAAGUAAUAAAUGGUUUGCAAUAA